GGCAAAGAAGUGCUAUAUCCCUGUGUUCAGUGUCAAUAUAUUGCAACAAAAAGUAACCAUUUCAAAAGUAAUGUGCAAAGUAAACAUGAAGGAGUGAAGUUUCCAUGUGACAUUUGUGAUUAUAUUGCUGGUGAUCCAGAUACCCUGAAGAGGCAUAAUUCAAUUAAACAUGUAGAGGUUAGACUAAGGUUUGCAUGUAAUCAAUGUGAAUAUAGUGCUAUCGCACCACAACUUCUUAAAGUUCACUUGGAGAGUAUACAUGAAAAAGUGUGUUAUCUUUGUAAUCUGUGUGAAAAUACUUUUACGACUAAAGAACAUAUGAAGAGGCACACAAAGAACAAGCAUCAAGAGAUAAUGGCAGAGAAUAUGGAGGGAGCAAAAUUACCAGGAUACAAAGAGGAUACAUGUAUUGUGUAUAUAAAGGAAGAAGAUGUGAAAAAGGAAACUACUGAAAUUCAAGAAGAAAACACGGACAACGGAUUUGAUCCACUACAAUUUAAACCAAAGAAAUCCAAGAUGAAUAAGAAGGAAUAUCCGUGUAAUGAGUGUGAGUAUGUGGCAACUCGAGCAGGUCACCUGAAGAUUCAUAUUGAAAAUAAACAUUUAGGAGUGAAGUACGCUUGUUCUGAAUGUCAGUAUUCUGCAGCUACUACAGGAAAUCUGAAGAGACAUGUUCAGAGUAUGCAUGAAGGUGUAAGAUAUCCUUGUUCUGAAUGUAAUUAUGCUGCAACUACAGCAUGGGAUCUAAAGAAGCAUGUGGAAAAUAAACAUAUAAUUGGUGUGAAAUAUCCUUGUACUAAAUGUGAUUACUCUGCUGCAACAGCAAGUAUUCUUAAGAGACAUGUCAAUAGUGAUCAUGAAGGAAUAAGAUACGCUUGUCCUAAAUGUGAUUAUAUCACAGCUACAGAAAGAAAUCUGAAGAGACAUGUAGAAACUUAUCAUGAAGGAGUGCAAUAUCCAUGCUCUGAGUGUUGUUACGCUGCAACCGCAGCUAGUGCUCUUAGGAGACAUAUUAAUAGUAUACAUGAAGGAGUAAGACAUUCUUGUGAAAAAUGUAACUAUACAGCAACUACAAUAAGUGAUCUGGAGAGACAUUUUAAAAGUAAACACAAAAUAGUAAGACACCCUUGUGAUAAAUGUGACUAUACUGCAACUAGAUCAAAUGAUCUGAAGAGACAUUUCAAUAAAAAGCACAUGUAAGGAUCAUAGAAACCCCUAUUUUCAUAUGUUCUAUAAUGCUGUUAAGACUAUUCUAAUUCAUUGAUCUCUCGUAAUAGUUUUUUUUUUACUUUUGGGAUUUAAACUCAUUGAACUAUUAUUAAAAAUUAACAACAACGACUAUUGUACCACUGUUUUAUACUAAUUCUUCAGUUAGAUAGAAUGGCAGAAAAUUGUAAAAAUUAUAGGUUACAAAAUUACUCCAACCCUCUGUGUCAUGUUGGACCAGAGAAAUCUUAACAGUCCUGAAUUAUAGACGUAAUUUCAAGCUAAAAUUUAAAAUAUCAGAUUCACAAUGGUAUAUUUAAAAUUAGAUAUUCAUUUUAUUGUUUUUGAAAACUUAUCAUAUUCAUCUGUGGUUUCUCUACAAAGGGAUUAAACACAAUUAAUUGAAGGAAUUAUUAGAAUUGAACUCUCUUCAAUCUAGAACAGCGACAAUAUUUACCACAUUAUUAAUCACAUAGAGGUUUCAAGGCUAAUGGGAAUCUUGGAAGCUCUUUUUUAAAGUUAGAUGUCACUUGAAAUUACAACAGUCCCUUUAAAUCUUCGCAAUGGUCAUUGGUCAUGGUACUGAUGCUUUUGGUGCUUUUACAACGAUUUCUAAUUUUGAUUUAACAUUUCGUUCUUACAAAUCUUCAUUUUCGUAAACAAUAUUUUACAAAUCGAUUUUUGAAAGCAAGCCUCUAAAAGUGACAGUCUGGGAGAAUUUUAAAAAUCGAAUUUGCUUUCAUAUUUAGCAAGUAUACAGAGUACAAAUGUCUGAUAAGUCUCAAAUGAUUUCUAAAAAACAUCUACAAUAUUGUACUCUCACCUCGACUAUCAUGUCUAGCCAGACACUCCCUUCAUUAUACAUCGUCAUAUUGGACAAUGGCAUAUAGGUGUUUCAUGAUUGAAGCGAGAAAUAAACAUAAAUUUUGUUCCAGA